CUCACACACCGACGAGGAAUGGAUCUGUGCGCGCAGCCGGCUCCUCCAUCGCCACCAUUUCCUACCUCUACACCGCUCAUGGCACACUCAUUUCGGCUUCUCUACUAAACAUUUUAGCCCCUUCCUUUUUCUCUAGCCUGGUCACAUCGAGGUGGGCUUUGUUUGGAUAGAAAAUCAACAAGACUGAGCAGUGCUUCGUGGGUAAACAUCAAAAAUGGAUGUCUGUAAGCGCUUUCUGUACCCGGUGCGUUCGUCCACAAGAUUUUCCUAAUGAAACCAAAUCGCUAACCAAUUUUCCACACCUUCAAGUUGCUCCACUGAACAGGUUUCGGCCGAGCAAACAAAUGAUCCAAUCAAUAGGCCCUGGAAAACACACUCCAUAGAGGGACACCACCACGCAGCUAUUCCAGGAGGCUAACGGCUAACGCUAACCAUGGCGCUAGAGGACUCCGCCAUCCCCGCGCGGCCCGACUGUCUAUCUCUGCCCGUGGACGAGAAGCAAGAAGGAGAGGAGGAGAAGGUGGAGGUGGCCACAGACGCUUCCUAUAACCUCACAUCAGAUGAACUGGGACAUGUCGUCACAACGGAAACGGCGCCAAAUCUGCCCCCGGCGAAAGUGAACCGGUCAUUUCAGUCUAAACUCGCCGAGAGAGAAGCCACGGCCAACCAGCACCGCAAGAAGACCCAGGGCCCGGAGAAGGAGCGGGGACGCUUUGGAUGGGCUCGGGCGCGGCGUCGGAGGCAGCGUUAUGUGGAGAAGAACGGUCGUUGUAACGUUCAGCACGGAAACAUGCGCAAGACGUACCGCUACCUGACUGACAUCUUCACCACUCUCGUCGAUCUCAACUGGAGAUGCUCGCUCUUCGUCUUCGUGAUGGCCUACGCCGUCACAUGGCUCUUCUUCGGUGCCAUCUGGUACCUCAUUGCCUACUGCAGAGGUGACUUGGACCACUUGGAGGACGAGAGCUGGACUCCGUGUGUGAACAACGUGAACGGCUUCAUCUCGGCGUUUCUCUUCUCCAUCGAGACGGAGACGACCAUUGGGUACGGACACAGGGUCAUCACAGACCAGUGUCCAGUGGGAACCAUGCUGCUGCUGCUACAGGCCAUACUGGGCUCUAUGGUCAAUGCCUUCAUGGUGGGCUGUAUGUUCGUAAAGAUCUCUCAGCCAAACAAACGCGCCGAGACGCUGGUUUUCUCCAAACAUGCCGUGAUCUCUCUGAGGGACGACAAGCUCUGCCUCAUGUUCAGAGUGGGAGACCUGCGGAGCUCACACAUCGUAGGGGCCAACAUGAGGGCCAAGCUGAUCAAGAGCAAGCAGACGCAAGAGGGUGAGUUUAUUCCUCUGGACCAGACGGACAUCAGCGUGGGCUUUGAGACAGGAGACGACCGCCUCUUCCUGGUGUCUCCUCUGAUCAUCUCUCAUGAGAUCGAUUCGCGCUCUCCGUUCUGGGACAUGUCUCAGGCUCAGCUCGAGAAGGACGACUUCGAGAUCGUGGUCAUUUUGGAGGGAAUGGUCGAAGCCACAGGUAUGACAUGUCAGGCUCGUAGCUCGUACCUGGCUGAGGAGGUUCUGUGGGGGCACCGCUUCAGUCCGAUGAUGUUGCUCGCCGAGGGCUUCUUCGACAUCGACUACGGAGCGUUCCACCACACGUUUGAGGUGGACACACCCUCUGCUUCCGCUCAUGAGCUAGCAUUAGCGGCGGCCCGGCUGGACGCUCACCUGUACUGGUCCAUCUCCAGCCGCCUGGACGAAGAGCCGGCGCUGCCCACACAGUUACCCCAGACACAGACCCCCCAAAGUGAACUCACAGCCUCCACCAACACCCCCAACGACCCCACCAUCACCGUCCAGGAGCCAGACAAACAGGAGAGCACCGCGGCGGCAGAACCCAAUGGGAACGUCACCACCGACCAAUCGGAAUCAGAGGCCUAGAGCUCGGAAUGUUUACAAAGACUUGACCACUCCACCUUUAGUGUUUUACUUCUGCAGAAGAGAGAUUAUCUAUGUGAGUUAGGAUGACUUCAAUCACAAUCUAGAUGUGACAGGUUUAAGGUUGUGUUCACAUGACAGCACAAUAUUACAGAAAGAUCCUUCGAGUUUAACCUGAGCUGGAGACAGGUCAGGUGGAGUUUACUCUUUAACUGUCAGAUUACAGAUGUGUUGACCUGGUUUAUGGUUAAUAUCUCUGUAAUUACUGGACCUAUUCACAUGAAACAACAACUGGCACAAAGUUCAGCGUC